GAUGAGGAAUACGAGGAAGACCAAGAGGAGGAAAGGGAGAAGAAUGACGAAGAGGAGGAAGAGAAAGAGAAGGAAAAGGAAUAUCCAACCACCGGCUCCUGCGAGAAUGAGGAAUACGAAGAAUACCAAGAGGAGGAAAUGGAAGAGGAGAAUGACGAAGAGGAGGAAGAGCAAGUGAAGGAGAAUGAUCAUCCAACCACCGGCUUCAGCGAGGAUGAGGAAUACGAGGAAGACCAGGAGGAGGAAGUGGAGGAUGAGGAGGAGGCGGAUGGAGAAGAGGAGGAAGAGCCAGAGAAGGAGGAGGAGGAGGACGACGAUGACUAUGAUGAGGAGGAAUGUGAUGAUAAUGGGGAGGAUGAAGGGGAGGAAGAGGAGGGGGAGGAGGGGGAGGAGAUGGAGGAGGAAGGGGAGGAGGCGGGCAGGUAUACCCGAGUGCCGUCUCCUUCAAGUUGUGCGUCGCACCUUCGCAGUAUCUCAAGUCCAGAGGUGGAAGGGCCUCGCAAGCGAGUGCCGAAAAGUCCAUCAACGAAGUCCUAUCAGGAGACGAACUCGCUGCGCCGCCACCUCCCCCGACGUCCUUGUGGGGUUCUGAUGCUGGUUCGUUGGGAGCAAGAACCCACGAAGCGUGCAGACGAUACCUCCCAGGACGUCAGCUCCUCCAUUUACGACUGGCCGUGGCCCCCUAUCACCACGAGGGAGAUCGCGGUCCAGGCCUCUCCUCCCCCCGACGAUUCAGCAGUUUCUACGCCGGUGUCCUUCAUGGGUGCUAGUGAAGUCUUCAAGGACCUUUUUAGUGAAAGUUCGAAUGGGCGAGAGCAGGCACAAAAGGAUAGAGCAACGGGGGCGGGUGAUACGAUGCCCCAGGAAGAAGAAGAACCCACGAAGGAUGAUAAGCAGACCUCGACCUUACCACCACCACCACCACAGUCUGAAGUG